UGUUGGAGCUAAACCUCUUUGCAAAACGGCAUUUCCUUUCAACAGCUUCAGGCAUUCUGGGUAAUGUAGUUUUGUGGUUUUGAAUUCCACCUAUUUAAAAAAAAAAUGCAAAGCAUUUUCUGUCACUUUAAUUUUGGCCCUUUUCUUUCCUCUGGAAUAUUUGCUGGCUGAAGUUUUGGUAGGUGGAUUCAGUCAGUGGUAUGACAUCCCUUCAAUCCUAGGCUCUCUGGGCUGGGAGGGGAUUCUCGCAAUGAAAAAUCGAAAGCUCUCCCUAGUGGGAAAAGGACUGAGGAGUAGCUGGCACAGACAGAACAUUGAAAGUGACUGUGAGGAAGCAAUGGCUGGUGGAAACUUAUUACCUUGUAUUAUUGAUACUUGCAAUGGUCUUGUUGUAUAGCCAAUGGCUAAGGUUGAGAUUUUUCCUCAGUGUGUUGGAUACGGAGCUCUGUGAAGAUUGGAGCAUGAACCCUGCUGGGUGCUAAACACAGCUGCAAACCUGGGGGGUGGGGUGCACACGCAUUUAUAGAAUUAUUAUAGGUCUUAGUGAGGUCUUUUCAUCUGUAGUGCUGAAAGCUCUUUACAAAGAUGGUCAGUAUUAUGCACAUUUUAUUGCUGGGGAAACUGAGGCACAAAAAUGUGAAAUGACUUGCCCAAGGUCAAUCAGCAGUAUAAUGUAUUAUAUCAAUAUAAUAAGAUGGACACUUGUGUAUUAUUUACAUACACAAUUUAUUUAGCUCAGACGAUCUGCUUUGCACUGCAAUCUACCCAGGUACAAUCUCUGUCCUUGUCUCUACAGUCUUCUAAUAGAUACACGGAAGGUUGGGAGGCAGAGAGAAAUUCAGACACGCGGAUGCCUUUGGGAGAGGGCAAAGUUGUAUCUGCUCCUCGUGGGCAGUGCUGGAAUUGCAAUGGAGCCUAUUGGAUCCGAGACCCGAGUGAGAACAUAAGAAUUUCCCUGGAGUGUGCUGGCAUAAAGUCCUGCCUCCAGUGCUCAGUCGGACCAAUAAUGUUCAAUCUUUCCCCACUCCUCCUUUUCAGCCAGGCUCCCUCCUUCUUCUGCCCUGGAGAACAGCAUGAGGUGCCUCAGCAUGGGUGGGAUGCUGAGCCCACACCCCUUCCUUGGCCUGCUCCUCCUCUUCAUGCGGAACGGAGCAGAACUGGCCACCACACUCAAUAGGUUGGGGCAGAGCGAGCCAGGGAGGGACGCUCAGGCCCAGAGAUCACCUCAGAAGGUAUUUCCCUAGCUGAUGGGGUGACGGGCUGAUGGGGAGGGGAGUGGUGAGCUGCUAAGCAAGCCCAUGACUGUACAGGAGUGGGGAGCAGAGACCAGUCCCAGAUGGAACAGGCGAGAUUGUGAGGUUGCUCCUAUUUGACUUUAAAAGUCAUUUACAGUCUACUCUCUCAGCAGAGAUCACCUACAGAUUAGCUAGGCAAGAACACAGGCUUCCACGUUUUGCAGCCACACCCUAUUGUCUUGUGAAAUUGUCAAAUUAAGCUAAACCGGAUCAGAGCUGGUCAGUCUUUGGAUGGAAGCUUCCAGGGAAACAGCUGCUAGAAGGGGCAUUCAUUGAUCAUUCAGCAAGUGACAGGGAAAUGGAGCCGCACAGAGCAUACAAGGGAGUGAUUUGCCCAUGAGCUCACAUCAAGUCUGGUGAAGGGGGAAGUAGAACUCAGAAGUUCUUGACUCCCAAGAGACUUCUUUCUACCAAGUCAGUACUGAACCAAUGCUCUGGACAUUCCGAUUCUGGGAGUGAUGUUCUGCGGACAAGACUUAAAACAAGGGAGACUCCACAAUGCCAGCAUCCCAAAGCCGGGCCAGAGCCAGAGAGCGGAACAAUGUCCUGAACAGGGCUGAGUUCCUCUCGUUGAACCAGCCCAUGAAAGGAAACCAGGAGACCAGGAGCUCCAGCAGAAAGCAGGGCAGCCAGUCUGGUCUGGCUCCCACCCAAAACGAAGGCACCAAGGAGCGGAGGCAAUCUCAGCAGCUUCCUGAGGAGGACUGCAUGCAGCUGAACCCCUCCUUCAAGGGAAUUGCCUUCAACUCCCUACUGGCCAUCGAUAUCUGCAUGUCCAAGAGGCUGGGGGUCUGUGCCAGCAGCGCCUCGUCCUGGGGCAGCGCCCGCUCCAUGAUCACACUCAUCGGGAUCACAGGGCAUGGCGUACCCUGGAUCGGGGGCACACUCAUCUGCCUGGGGAAGAGCAGCACGCUGGCGGGACAGGAGGUCCUCAUGAACCUGCUGCUAGCCUUGCUCCUGGACAUCAUUAUUGUGGCAGGAUUGCAGAAGCUGGCCAAGCGACGAGGCCCAUACGAUGUUCACCCCGGCCUCUUGGACUAUCUGACCAUGGACAUCUAUGCUUUCCCAGCAGGCCAUGCCAGCCGAGCUGCCAUGGUGUCCAAAUUCUUUCUCAACCACCUGGUUUUGGCCAUCCCACUCCGGAUCCUGCUGGUCCUCUGGGCCUUCUGCGUGGGGCUUUCCCGCAUCAUGAUUGGACGGCACCAUAUUACAGAUGUCCUCUCCGGCUUUGUCUUUGGCUACUUGCAGUUCAGGCUGGUGGAGUUGAUGUGGAUGUCUUCCAACACGUGUCAGAUGAUAAUAUCAAUCUGGUGAACACAAGAAUCCCUGACGGAAACUAGCAGACACUUUAAGAUUUUCUCUCUCUCUCAUUAUUUUUUUAAAUAUAAUUCUUCAUAUUUAUUGGAAAAAACUUAACUUCCAUAAGUAGUAGUAGUCUUUUUACUGUUGCCCCCCUGCCUGAAAAAAAAUGUUUCUUGAAAAUGGUUAGGCUUCAGCAAUCAAGGGCCAGCCAUCACCGUAUUUUGGCCACUUUUUAAAAUCCCAUUUGGAUGGUAACCGAUCUAAGCAGUACAGAAAACAAAAUGUCAGGUUUCAGAGUAGCAGCCAUGUUAGUCUGUAUCCGCAAAAAGAACAGGAGUGCUUGUGGCACCUUGGAGACUAACAAAUUUAUUAGAGCAUAAGCUUUCAUGGGCUACACAAAAUGAGUUCUCUUUGGGUGGUGCACAUCUGAUGCCCAGGUGUGUUCUCAGAAAACGUGUUAUCCCUUUGGGAUGCAUUAAUUAGCUUCUUGGAGGCAAAAUGUUUUGGGGCAAAGUACUACAGCGCUUUUUCUGUCUGCCAGCCCAAUGAUUGUGUCUUGUACCAGACCAGGCGCACUGCUGAUGCCUUACAGAUAAUAAAUAAUCAUAAAACUUC